CCUUCCAGUACAAGGGCCGUCUGGAGGCAGGUGAUCAUCCUUAUUUAGAUGCAGCAGGAGUCACGUGACAACAAGAUGGUGGAGGAGCUGAGUUUCUAUUGAGCUGCUACAUCAGGGGAUGCUGAAAGUACACUAAACCAUCACAUGCACUAACAAGAAAAAGCCUCUUUACUCUUAAAAGUGAUCACUACCAGAGGAUGUGGGAAUGGACAUUUCUUAUGAAGCGGACAUGCUAAGUCCCGAUGGAGCUGACAAUAGACCAGAACCUCCCAAUUCUCUGGACCUAAAUGGAGCCCAUCCACAGAGGAAAAAACUUUCAGCUCCUGAAAUCAACUUGUCUCUGGACCAGAGCGAGGGAUCUAUUUUAUCUGAUGAUAACCUGGAUACCCCAGACGACCUCGACAUAAAUGUAGAUGACUUGGACACACCUGAUGAGGCUGAUUCUCUGGAUUACACAGGGCAUGGCAGUGAACUUGAAUGGGGAGAGGUGCAGGCUACAAAAGAGGGUGAGCCUAAAGAAGCAGAACAAAUUCCAGAAUACACUGCUGAAGAAGAACGACAAGAUGCCAGAUUGUGGAGGACAGUUGUAAUUGGAGAACAAGAGCAUAGAAUUGACAUGAAGUCAAUUGAACCUUAUCAGAAAGUAAUUUCUCACGGAGGAUACUAUGGAGAUGGUCUCAAUGCCAUCAUUGUGUUUGCAGCUUGUAUCCUGCCAGACAGCAGUCGAGCUGAUUACCACUACGUCAUGGAGAAUCUCUUUCUGUAUGUGAUUAGCACUCUGGAGCUCAUGGUGGCUGAAGACUACAUGAUUGUCUACCUGAAUGGAGCAACUCCUCGAAGAAAGAUGCCUGGGCUGGGAUGGAUAAAGAAGUGUUAUCAAAUGAUAGAUAGACGACUGAGGAAGAACUUGAAAUCAUUUAUAAUUGUUCACCCCUCCUGGUUCAUUAGGACAAUCCUGGCUAUCACCAGACCUUUUAUCAGUUCUAAAUUCAGCAACAAGAUUAAAUAUGUCAAUAGCCUUGCAGAGCUUGGUGAGCUGAUCCCCAUGGAAUACAUUCACAUUCCAGAGAGUAUAAUAAAGUAUGAAGAUGAGAGCAGUAUAAAAAGAUAUACAUGUAAAAGACUGGAUGAAGAUCUGAAGGAAGCAGCUGAAUCCAACAAACAUAGCAGCUUUCUAAAUGGAUCUGAAUCUACAUCUGUGGAACAGGAAGUUGAUAACAGCCCUCAAAGCAAAUCCUAAACUUCCUGUAUUUAUUAUUUCAGAAGAUUUAGAAGCUCUGCAAUCUGCAAAACUAUUUGAUGUGUACUUGUACAGAAAAACCUGUCAUGAGAUGUGUUAACUUUAUAUUCCUGUUUAUUUCUGGUAGAAUAUGAUUGUAGAAUUUAGUCCUUCCUUAUACCAGAAAGUAAUUUUCCAGUAUUCACAAAUAUUAGUACAGACUUUUUAAAUUACGGUAACUGUUUUUGCUUUGUUUAUUUUUUAUUGUUUUUGGGCCUUAUUAAUAAAUGCUUCAAUGCAUUUACUGGAACACUAUACUUUUAUGAAUAUGGCCCAGCUGGACUCAGUUGAUAUGAUUUCACACAGCUAGUACAGCAGUUCUGUUAUGUAAGUUGUCCUGUAUACAAAGGUCCUAUACUUUAGUGCCAUAUAUUUUAUGUUUUUAUUUGUUCUCAUCAGUUUGCAAAGCUGAAGAUGAACACACACUACAGAUGAGAGAUGUUGACUUUAGUUUUGUUUUCAGGCAAUAUUUUAAUGUUUUUGUUUCUUUUAUUAUACAGAGUUGUUUGGUGUCUCCUUUGGACAUGUGUAACUGAGUAUAUCUAUAAAAAAAAUAGAAAUAAUAAAAUAAUACAUUUUGUUAAAAUGACAAAAUGUAUUAAAGAAAACAUCUGUCAGAAAUUCGAUAGACACUGAACACGGAGGCUAAUGUAUUUGUGUCUGGGUUUGGACCUGAUUGAGCUCAUGUAAGCUCAGGAUUGUAUACAUCAUAUUCAAGACAGAAAGCAUUUGAAAUUACUGAAACAACUUCACCUUUCAGGCUAUGUAACUAUAUGAGCCAAGUGAAUAAACACAUACACACUAACAAAACAAAAUACUCUAAUGCUAGGCGGUAGAUUACAUUUAAAAUUAAGACUGAUGUGCCUUUUGAAAAGUUGCAAAAAUUAUGCAGUAUCAAAUCAAGACAAUUAAUGACAUUUAAAGGCGUCACAAAAUUGGAGGAGAGAUAUAAUUUAAACUUACUUUUACCCCCCCACACACACACACUUCAUGAGAAUGUUUGUUUUAAUAUUAACAUUUCUCCCACCUUAGCUAAAGCUGUAAGAAUUUAGAUUUAAUCCACCCCUAGCUUCUCAAAGCUCCAAAUAGUAAUGUGUGCAUUCCUUUCUACAAGGAAAAACCAGUAAAGUUAUCAUACCUGUUUGGUUGUUUUUUAUUUUAUUUUAAACAAAAUGUUUGAGUACAUUAAAUAGCUUUGAGAAUCAAUUGAGUCCUCAGGACUAAGACAUAUGUAUAUAUUUUAUUUUUAAUCUGCCAUAUUAAUGCAAUAUGAGAAAUCGUCCAAUCACAGUGCAGCAUUUCCAAACAUUCCUAUACCUCUUGUGUAUAGAUGUCAUCCUAUGCAUAGGGUUAUCAGUAUUUUAAAAAUAAAAUACUCUAAAUAAAAACAUAGCAAAAUGAAAAAUUAUGUUAUUAACUUCGACCU